CACUUACACUGUCCUACGCACUGCCCUCAUGCCAGAGAUCACAGCACGGGCCUGGACUUAUGGAUUCAGCCAACACGGAUUUCUAGAUUGUGCUGAAAGGAUGUGAUGUGAUUUCUUCUGUUGAUAUUGCUUCCAUCAGUCGAUGUGUAAUACACACAGAUGUUGUAACUCAUGUAAGUAAUAUCCAGCCAGUUAUGUUCUCUUUAAAGACUACAGUUAUGGGCAAAAUUAGUGCAUGUCUAUCAGUCAUUGUGUACAUAUGGAUAUUUGGGAGCUGUCUCUUGUGUUCAGCUUCCACCAAUCCUAGCCUCUGGGGACAGAAGGUGGCCUUUCUGGGCCGUUCAUGUUACUGGCAGCUGAGCAAAACCUGCACUGUGCCACCUUUAGAGGAACUGAGCGUGUGUGUUGACCUCUGGAGACAGAUUACCACCUCAGCCUGGACUGCCUUCGUAUACAAGAAGCCCGGAGAGCUCAGUAUUGAGCUGGGCUUGGCUGGAAGGGGGGGCAAUUUGAAGGCGUGGCUUUUUGGAAAUGAAUGGACUGCUGCGUAUGACUUGCCUCUUCAAAACUGGCAUACUGUUUGCUUGACAUGGUCGAACCGCACCAGACACUUCCAGUUGAUUGUCAAUGGCUCAGUUGCCCUAAGUUCUAAGCUUAACGCCUUAGCACCCAGUAGUCUGGCUCCAAAUGGCACACUCACUCUGGGGGUGACCCACAGCUUUGUUGGUGGCGUUAUGGACUUUGAAACAGGGACCAACUUCAUGGGGGAAAUAACAAUGUUCCGUAUGUGGCGACAAGAGCUAAACCCCCAGCAGCUCACAGAAUGGAAGUGCGUGAGUGGAAAUGUUGUGACCUGGAGCAAGAAUGACUGGGAGUACCAUGGCUGCGCACCCAUAACAGACAAUAGGUUAAAGUGUGAAUGGUCAAAGUAUCAAAUAAACAUGAAGUUAUUGAUCACUCAAAAGGCCAGUGGUGACCUAAAUGGGAAUGAGUCCAAGGCGAUUGUGCUGAAAUGGCUGGAGAGCAUUUUGCCUCAGAACACGCUUGUGAAUUCUCUGUUCCUGUCAAGUCUAAGCCAGAUGUACCAAACAGACUGUGCUCUGUGUGAACAUGAAAAUGCUGAAUUGAAGGAGGCCAGAAAUAUGUCUUCUAAAGAAGAAUGGUUCAGCUGCCUGGUGUAUGUGACAGUGAGCCCUCAUGCCAGUAUAGAUGAGACUCAGGCUGAACUGUGGACACUGUUAAUACACACCUACAACCACAGUGACCACACCAUCCUUCAGACAGAUCCAGCUUCUCUCAACAUCCUUCCAGUUGCAAUCAUUCCUGAAAAUGACUCAAACUAUAUAGAUUUUUCAGACACUUUUUACAGAGUUAAUAUGAACCUCACAAUGAAUGGCUCUGUGGAGAAUGCAGCACAGACUCUUCAACACUGGCUUCAGCAAACAUUAGGUGGAGACCGCCGGAUGACAGUUCUAAAUUUUAAGCUUACAACAAAUCCUAAUCAAAAUGGCGGAGGGAAAUCAGCACCAGACUCCAGAUAUGGCUGCACCUUUCAUGUCCAGGCCUUUGCUCCAGUGAAUGUCAAUGAAACGAGGAUGCUCAUUUUUGACCUCUUAACAAAAGGAUUUUCCAACGGUUCCAUCACAAUUAAUGUCUCAGCCAAUCAAAUCAGCAUCUUACGCAUAGAGCCUGGGCUUUGUCCAGAGGAUACCACUCAAACGGUUUAUGGCCUGUACACAUGGCCCUCCAUACAAGCCCAGGACACAUAUGAAAUGAAGUGUGAGAAGGGCCAUGACAGUGCCACAAGACUCUGUAAACUGGAUGGCAACACUGAUGGAGUGAUUUGGGAUCCCCCAGAUAUGUCAAGAUGUGAGAAGGUCAUGACUGAUAUUGAUGAUUUGGAAGGGAUCACAGUUACGGCAAACAAUUCAGCAGAUGUUUUGGGCAUGCUUGAGAACCUGCUGCAUAAUGAGACAGACUUGAGUUUGUCCCAGCUGAACACUGUGCUGCAGAAACUGUCUGAGAUCACUGAAGUUGGCAUCAUGACCACUCAGCUUGCUGACAACAUCAUUAGUGUGGUUUCAGAUGUCUUAGAUUCCACAUCCUUUCUUGCCCAAGCUACAAACAAAAUCCUCUCAAUCACAGAAAGGGUGGGAAACAGGAUGGAUUUCUCUGGGUUUUGUCACAGCACCACAGCUCCUUCACUUGCGCUGCAGCUAAUCAACCUGGAGACCGAGGAGUUCCAGGGACUUACAUUUGGAGUGUCCUCCUUCCAGGCAGGCCUAUCUCCUGAGAUAUUUCUCAACCAGGCUUUUGCAGAGUCGUCUCCCAGCUCAGUGGCAUCUAUAUCCUUACCCCUCACUCUGGAGAACUUCUUCCCCCAAAACAAUCAAAACAUGAGUCGCAUUCAGUUUCAUUUCUAUGGCACAGAAAAUCUCUUUGAGGACCCUAGUAGCAGCCUGACAUUGAAUUCCUACGUGCUGUCUGCCAGUGUAACCAAUGCUACUGUGAAUGACUUGAAGGAUCCAGUGGUUGUCACUGUCCUUCAUCUUCAGCCCAAAGAAGACUACAGCACGGCCCAAUGUGUGUACUGGAACUUAGAGAAGAACAAUGGAAAAGGUGGAUGGGAUGAUAAUGGAUGCCAGGUUAAACACACCAAUGUCACUCAUACAUCCUGCAUCUGCUUUCAUCUCACACAUUUUGGAGUGCUUCUGGAUGUCUCCAAAACGCCAAUAACCCCAACAGAUAACAUGAUUCUGACAGUCAUUACAUACCUGGGCUGUGGCAUAUCAUCUGUGUUUCUAGGCACCACUUUGCUGACUUACAUCGCCUUUGGAAAGCUGCGUCGUGAUUACCCGUCUAAAAUCCUCAUGAACCUAUCUGGGGCUUUGUUGGGUUUGAAUAUGUGCUUCCUGUUAAACUCAUGGCUUGCUGAAUUCAACAAUUAUGGCCUCUGCAUUGCUGUGGCUGCCAUUCUCCACUACUUCUUACUGGCCUCAUUCACCUGGAUGGGACUAGAGGCGAUAAAUAUGUACCUGGCCUUUGUCAAAGUCUUUAAUGUCUACGUGCCCUCUUACAUCCUUAAAUUCUGCGCACUUGGAUGGGGUUUGCCUCUGAUAAUUGUUAGCAUAGUGCUUGCUGCAGAUAAAGACUGCUAUGGCAGCGCUGUGUCCAUAACACCAGUCAACAGUACUUCACCUUUUUGCUGGGUGCAGAAUGACACAGCGUUUUUUGUGACGGUGGUGGCAUUUGUGGUUCUGAUCUUGCUCUCUAACAUCUGUGUGUUCGGCUUGGUGUUGGCCCAAAUCCGUGGUUUGCAUCUCAGUAAGGCGGCGGGCACUAGCAGAGGAAUACUACAUGACCUGCGUGUGGUGGCCAGCCUCACUUGCCUGCUGGGCCUUACCUGGAUUUUGGCCUUUUUUGCCUGGGGUCCUGUCCAACUGCCCCUCCUCUACCUCUUCUCUGCCCUCAACAGUCUGCAGGGGUUUUUUAUCUUCCUGUUCCACUGCCUCAUGAAAGAGAACGUCCGUAAGCAAUGGAGGAUUCACCUCUGCUGUGGAAAAUUCAAACUCACUGACUACUCAGACUGGAGUGGCUCAGUAACAGCUGGGGGAAGAGCUAAGAGUGGAAAACUGGUUCACACGCCAUCAGAAACCACAAGCGAACGGAAGAUCUCAGACUCCUCUGGGAAUGGAGGAGACAAAACAAAGGAAAGAGACAAUGGUGCUGGGUGACUGGCCUAGAGGACAGUCUGUAAGACUUUGGGGCACUGUCUUUAAGGCUAGGGCACUGCGUGAAUGAAAAUUACCUCAAAACAACAGUUCAGUUAAAAAUCAAAUGUACACAAAAAAGCAAUGUACAAACAGAAUUCAAGCUUCCAGAUGGCCACUACCACUGUUUUCAGCUAUGUGACAUACUUCUGUACAUCUUGUACAUCUUUAUAGAUAACAUCAUCUGAUACAGUGUUAGAAACUACACAAACAAGUCUAUUUGAGAUGAAUUAACAACUUAAUGUGGUUUGAGAGAAGUGAGUGAUGAUUUAACCAUGCAGUUUAUGUGAUGCUAAUUGGUGACUAUAGGCCUCCAUUACUUAUUACCUACAUUAGCAUUUUAGCUUCAGUACUAAAAUAAAGAAACUUUAGACACCACACAUGGCUGAUUGUCUACAUCCAGGGAAGAGGAAAAUUGUGUACAUUUGAUUUUUGACUGAACUGUUGCUUAAAUUUGUCUAAAAAUAUCUCUGCUCACCUAAAACAAGAGGAAUGAGCUCAAAAAGGAAAAUAA